AUGCCUCAAGACCCCACAUUAUCUAUCUCUCCAUCCUCACAAAUUGCCCUGAUAGAAGAAUAUCCACCGGCGGAGUAUAAAGGCACGAACGCCUUAAAAAGAGCUGUUGCUGCAAAGAAACAAAAAUUGGACAAAGGAAGUCAAGACCAAUAUCUCUCUUUCCACCAUAUCACAUCGGACAAAUUUGCGAGGAUUGAGGAACGUCGCGUCGACCUUGGACGCGGAGCCGCCUUCUCCUACUUUGGCGACAUUGAGACCCUAAUUAUAAAACUCCCUACUCGAGCACAUGAGAAGGCUCAUGCGACGCUGGGCCAGCGAAUGCAAGCCCAAGUAUUUCAGAUGGGAGUCGGCUGGGAUGAGUUCGUUGCGAUCAAUGCAACAGCCAUAAGGGGUAGAAAUAAUUCUAAGAAGGAGGGUGACUCCGCCUGGCAAAAUGAGAAACUUAGACCAAGUAAGGCAGAUUGGCCAAAUAUAGUUAUUGAAGCAGGAUUAUCGGGAUCUCUCGCGCGGCUACGCAGUGACGCAAGAUGGUGGAUUGAGAACUCUGCGGGGGACGUGCUUAUUGUCCUUGUCAUUUGGAUCCAGCCGACCUCCAAAAGAGCGAAGAUAGAGAAAUGGAUCCCUAAUGUUCAACUUACAAGACGCAGUCCCCGUCUCGGCUCCCCUACGGUAUCUCCUAUUAAGGUUGCUGAUAUUAAGAUCGAUCAAUCGUCUGCAUCUAUGUGUCAUGGUGCUCCCUUGCGCCUGGAGUUCGAUAGGGUUUUCGGAAGACCACCACGAAAUGCCCCGGAGCAGGAUAUCAUCUUCACGCGAAAUGAGCUGGAGGAUUGGGCAAGGCUUCUGUGGAUAGCUUGCUGA